AUGGCCGAGAAGUCAGAUUUCCCAGAUCUCGCAACAAUCGCCUCAGCAGGCCACAUCGAGGACGAGAAGAAGGCACACACAGCACACGAUGGUGGUCACAUUGAGGGAAACGCUCUUCUCGUUAACAGGCAGGGCGAGAUUCGGAAGAUUCCCGUGCCGUCGUCGGAUCCUAAUGAUCCGUUACAUUUCAAGCCGUGGGAGAAAUAUGGCCGGAAACCCUGCUCAGCAUAUUGA